CUUAUGAAACAACCUAGUGACUUUCACGUGUAUUUGCUUCACAGUCAAACUAACACACCCGAACCGAGGAAAUGAGGGGGGCACAUUUUUUGUACACAUUUCUCAAUUUCUAGAGGAGAAAGAAAGACAAACAACCUUGAAUAAUCAAACCCCCACAAUUGGGGAUUAAACAAAAACACAAAAUGGGGAAAGAAGAAGCAUACGAAACGAAAGGGGGAUGGGGAGGAAGAAUGGACAAAAUUCAGCAUAAAGUCUGCUCUUCAGCACUCCCUUGGAAUUGAAUCUUCUCUCUGUAUAUAUAUUCUUUUCUCCAACAGAUCAGAGUCCCAAAUCUUUACACCAUCCCCCAUCUCUCUCCAGCUUCUCCCAUUUCACACUCCACCACCGCCAUGGAGACACUAGUUCGCAGCACCACCACCACCUUCGCCCGCCGGCGGUCGAAUGGAUACGAGCAGCUUGACCCUUACUACGAACCCACCACCGCCCCUCAACACCACCACGACGACAACGACGACGUUUCCUCCUUCCCCUGCACCCCCAAGAAGCGCACCCCAUCCAGGCGCCGGGUCGCCGCCACGGCUUUGGACCAGAGAACGCCGGCGCGGGCGACUAUGGCGGUGGCUUGGUCGCCUGGGUACAGAAUCACGAGGGCGAGGCAGAGGCAGAUAUUCCUGAGGUCGUACCAGUUGGCUUCGGGGAGCAAACUUCAGAGGCGGCUGUCGAGAACAGGGAGGCUGAAGAAAGUGGCGGUGAAGGUGAAGAUGGUGGUGGCUUCGCUGGUGGUUUCGUUCAUGAAAGUCGGCGGCGGGUUGAGAUCGUCUUGUAGCUCUAAGGUGGCCACUUGCGUCGCCUCCCCCGUUAAAAUUAGCAGGUUUUGCUGAUCCCCUGUUUCCUAAUUGGCUGUCCUCUGCCUCUGCCUCUGCUCCGCGGGUAAUAAGAUUAUUAAGAGCUACUGAUUGGAUUGGGGUUCGAUUGGAACGGAUUGAUGUUCAUCCCAGGAGGGAAAUUUCCAACUCCGAUCAGGAAUUAUUUGGGUUUGUUCAUAGUGUAUGAUUCUGGUGGUGUUGUUGAAUUUAUCAGAGGUAUAAUGCUUGUUCAGCCGCGGCGGCUUCCUUUACUCUGUUUUCUUCUUUUUGCAAUCCUUUUUUACUCAUUGGGCAAACGAAAAGAGAGGUUCUUUGCGUAAUCCCCAUUAACCAUAUGACCAUGGGAAAUAAACUUAAUUUUUUCUUUUUUGAAAGAUACACAAAGAGUUGUGAUUAGGAUGAUUAUUAAGACGUCAAAGUGCCGGUUAGAUGUGAAUCUAUUGUUGUUUUUGUGGGUCAAUGAAGCCGAGCUCAAAUGUUUGAAUAUGUUAUUCUUCAGGAAGCGUCAUUUUAUUCUUAAUAGAUAGUCUUAUAUCGCAUUGAUCGGACUAGUCAGUUAUAUGCAAAAUAUUCUCUUAAAGUACACUAUUUUCAUUUGUAAUUAGUGGACGAAAAUAUUACAAAAUCCAUAAGGUCAGACGGAAACUUUUAGCAAUAUCACCCCUUCUUUGGCCUUGAUUGUGACGCUAGAUAUAUAGCAUCAUCGCUAUUCAUUUUGUGUCGUAAGUCAUUAAUUCUAACGUCUGGUUAUCGAUUGACUGGUCGAAUUGCAAUGGUCGACUGAUCUUUUUUUCUAGGCGAUGUCGCUAGUUUUCAGGCGCAAGUUGACAUGCAAUCUUUUGAUUCUCUCAACCAUAACUGACCCUCUCUCCCUUUCCCCAUUCUCUAUUUUCGGAGACCUAACUUCAUUUCCUCCUCUAAUUCGAAACCAGAAGCACAAUCCAUCCCCAAACCUCAACUUUCUAUCACAUUGUGACACACAGGAUUAGAAGUCUCCUCCCCUCUUCACGCUUACUUCUCUAUGUGUGACGCUGAAAUUGACGGUGCGUGGAUUGGCUAGCCUUCAUAUCACCGUUGUUAGUCUUCUCACAAACUAUAAUGUCUCAUUAUAAAGGUGAGGACAACAAGCUAUUCCUAUCGCCUUAGAUAUUAUUGACUGAAUUCAAGAGAUAUUUGUAGCGAAUUGAGAGCGAAGAGGAGAGUCAUAGACUUUUGCCCUGUUCCUAACAUGACUACUUUGAGGGUGGAUGUGCUUUUAGGAUGUGAUUGGAAUUAUCUUCUAAUGACAUGUUCCUUCAGCGUGUUGGAUGCUUCAAUCCUCGAGUUAAAAGAAAUAUCAUGAUAGAAAUUUCUCCUUUCAUUCUAAUUAUACCUUUUUGGUAUUUCUGAACAAUGAUUUCGUCCACCACUUAGAAAUCGAAUUAGUUAAUUUUAAGCAUUUAUUUUGUAAAUUUGUCUUAGUUAGAAUGAAGGUCUUUUUUCUGGUAGAAUCAUCAACCACCAAAGCGAUUUGUAGAAUAAGGAAUAUUAGAAGAAAUUUGUGACAAUUAGACUAUCAAACUCACAAUCUAAAUUCAAAAUAGGGUGCAUAACCCUUGCAGAAGACGUGUCAUGUAACUCGGCUAAAUAUCUUGUCUCUGCCUAUAUCAUCCAAUACAAUUUCACAAACCAUACUUAUAAUCCUAGCAUUUUUUGAAAGAGAUAUUUUCUCAUAUGAGCUCUUAUUUUUUACUGAAUGCAGGCGUAACACUAAAGAACAAAGAUAAAA